CUAUCUAUCACGAUCCAUGGCAACAAUCACAUACACAAUUUGAAAUUGAUCGAGGCCUAUCGAAACAUAAACAACAUGGCGAAUAAAAGAAAUAUAACGUUACAUGUAAAAUAUGUCUCAUUUAAUAAAUUAAUAUUUUAACUAUGCGCCAUCAUAACAUUUUUAUACUUUGUUAGGCAACUAGCCUUUUCGACUAUAACGCUAAAAACUUCGGCCUCAAAAAAUGUCGAUUGAUAAGGUUCUUUAUCAAUUGUAUCAACCCCAUGGUUCUGGUACUGUUUUCAUUUCAUGGCGCCCUGGUAAUAGUACUCAUCUAGCAACUACUGGUUAUGAUUCCUCAGUUGCUAUUUUUGAUAGACAAGGUGAAUUACAAGAACGUAUUCAAAUUGCUGGUUUAUGUACUGGUUUUGGAUGGGAUUCUGACGGAGAUCUAUUGGCUAUUAUAUCACAAAGUUCUUCUACUAUCACGUUAUGGGAUGCAACAACUGGAAAAAAAACACAAAUAGAUGCUGGUGUAAGAGAUGGAUUAACAUGUAUGAUAUGGGCAAAAAGAGCUUGUUUAUUAGCAGUAGGAACACAGAAAGGAAAUUUAGUACUAUAUGACCACAUAAAUGCCAAACGAAUACCAAUUUUGGGAAAGCACAAAAAAAGGAUAACUUGUGGCGCUUGGUCUUAUGAGGGACUUCUUGCGUUAGUCAGUGAAGAUAAGGUUUUAACUAUCAGUACAAGUGAUGGGGAUACAAGGCGUGAAAUACCUCUUCAAGGUGAUGCAUCUGAUAUUCAGUUUAAUGAGAUGAAAAUGGAUCACAGAGUUGGGGGUGAAAAUACGGUAUCUCUUAUUAUUAGCAAAACCACUUUAUUUCUAUACAAUAUUUUGGAUCCAGAGAAUCCUAUUGAAUUAGCUUUUCAAAAACGUUAUGGACCUAUUGUUACUUAUAAAUGGUAUGGGGAUGGAUAUAUUUUAGUUGGUUUUCAAACUGGAUAUUUUACUGCAAUAUCUACGCAUAUUAAAGAAGUUGGCCAAGAAUUAUUUCAAGUUAAGAAUCAUAAAGAUUCCUUGACUGACUUGGCCAUAAGCCAAACAAUAGGAAAAAUUGCUACAUGUGGGGAUAAUGCCAUAAAAAUACAUAGCUUGCAAAAUUUAGAAGAAACUGAAAAAUUAAUUACAGUAAGCGGUGAAACUGGAAUUAAUACAGUAGAAUGGUCAAUGGAUGGUACAAUGAUAGCAACUGUGACUCACAGUGGCAAUGUUUUAGUCUAUUUAAUACAAAUUCCUAAAUUAUCUAGCAUUUGUGGAAAUAGGAUUGCACUCCUUACCAGUUUAACAGAAGUUACAGUCCAUCUGUAUACGCUAGAUAAGGAAAAACCAGAACCAAUAAUAAUUAAUACUAUAAUAGAACCGUCGGUAUUAACAAUAGGUCCAAUGCAUGCAGCAGUAGGGUUGAAUAACAGAGCAUUGUUCUGGGAUAUAUCUGGAAGAGAUUACAAUACUACAGUACAUUUUGAAAGAGAUUAUUUAGCAACAAUAGAUAGUAUAAGAUUGAAUGAAACUUAUGCAUCUGUUUUAUUUGAUGGCAAAUUACAGUUGCACUCGAUUAAAAUGGAUCAAACACUAUCGAAAGAAGGGAAGGAUACAAAAAUGUUUCCAGGCUUAGUUGUUUCAGAUUUUAAAAUAACGUGCCAUGCUCUUAGUAGCGACUUCUUAAUCUACGGCAGUGAUAUGGGCCACAUAAUCUAUUUUAGUUUAGAAAUCUUUAAUCAAUGUACUGAACAUAUACACAAUAAUGGCAUAAAGGAAAUCUAUUUAGAUACAAAUGGAACACAAUUAUGUUUUAUAGAUAACAAGUUCGAUGCUUAUAUGUAUAAUUCUGUGCAAGAAACUGUUUUACAAAUUCCUGAUUGUCUAAGUUGCAUUGAAGGUGUAAUUUGGGAUCAAAAUAUUUUAGAACGUAAUAUAUUUACUGUUUACAAUAAAACUCUCAUUACUACAUACAUAUUUGUAAAAUACUUUAUCGAAGGUACAAAAAUUAUAAAGAUAAAUACAACAAAACUGCCAUCUGAAACAUUACCGCUAUUGAUGUAUUCUGGAGAAUUGACAUUAAGUUCAACAAAUAACAAAUUAAUGCAAAUUACAUUGUCUUCUCAUGAAGAUAUAGGAAAUAUUGUGGAAUAUACAAAAAUGAAAGAAAUAUUAGAAAAUCAGAUUCUUUGCAGGAGAUAUCAACAGGCAUGGGAGACGUGUGAGAGAAUUAAUGAGAAAGACUCAUGGUUAAAGUUAGGAGAAAUUGCAAUUGCAAAUUUAAAUAUUGAUUUUGCAAUUCGAAUUUACCGCUACUUAGAAGAUGCUGCGAUGGUUUGGGCACUACAAACUAUGGAAACCUUAGAUGAAUUGCCUUUAUUAUGUGGACAUGCUUGUAUUUUACUUGGUAAUUAUAAUGAGGCAGAACAAUUUUUUUUACAAUCAUCUCAACCAGUACAAGCUUUAUAUUUAAGAAGAGACCUAAUGCAAUGGGAACAAGCAUUAAAUUUAGCCCAAAAAUUAAAAGCUAAUGAAAUUCCUUAUAUUGCUAGAGAAUAUGCUCAACAGUUGGAAUUUACGGGUAAUUAUCCAAAAGCGUUAACAAAUUAUGAACGUGGAUUGGUAGAUUCAAAUAAUAUAUCUAAUACAACUACACAUAAUCCGCAACAUCGAAAUCUAUGUCUUGCCGGAAUUGCAAGAAUGUCUAUCAGAUGUGGGGAUAGUAGAAGAGGUGUAAACAUAGCUAUGGAUAAUGAAAGUUCGAGGCAAUUGCGAAAAGAAUGUGCAGAAAUAUUAGAAUCAAUGAAGCAAUUUAAUGAAGCUGCAUUACUAUAUGAAAGAGCUGAAUAUUUUGAUAAAGCUGCUUCUGCAUAUAUAAAAUUAAAAAAUUGGCAGAAAGUAGGGCAACUUCUACCACAAAUUUCAUCUGCCAAACUUAAUAUACAAUAUGCUAAAGCCAAGGAAGCUGAAGGCAAAUAUGAAGAAGCAGCAAAGGCAUAUGAAACUGCAAAAGAUUAUGAAAAUAUAAUUAGGAUUAAUUUGGAAUAUUUAAACAAUCCUGCUCGAAGUGUUGAAAUAGUACAACAAACGAAAAGUAUAGAAGGAGCUAAAAUGGUCGCAAAAUAUUUUCAAAAAAUGAAUGAUUAUAAUUCAGCAAUUAAGUUCUUGAUUUUAUCAAAUUGUCACGAAGAAGCGUUCCAAUUAGCUAAUCAACACGGAAAAAUGGAAUUAUAUGGAGAAAUCCUAAUAAAUACGAUUGAUGACAGCAAUGCGCGAAAAGAAGAUUUUAAAAGCCUUGCGAUGCAUUUUGAAUCUCAGAAAAAUAACUUUUUAGCUGGAAAAUAUUACUUCUAUGCCAAGGAAUAUCAAAAAGCAUUACGACAUUUAUUAAAAGCUGCACAAUUAGUAACAGAUGAAAAUGAAAUCCUGUCAUUAGCCAUUGAUACAGUUGCUUCUUCAAAAGAUGACAAGUUAGCAAAUCAGUUAAUUGAUUUUUUAUUAGGUGGUGAUGGAUUACCAAAGGAUCCUAAAUAUCUGUUCAGAUUAUAUAUGGCUAGAAAACAGUACAAAGAAGCUGCAAAAACAGCAAUUAUAAUUGCUAAUGAGGAACAAAUUAAUGGAAAUUAUAGAAGCGCUCAUGAUGUUUUAUUUGGCAUGUAUCAAGAAUUAAAAAAGAAUAAAAUCAAUAUACCUUCAGAGAUGCAAAACAAUUUAAGACUUUUGCAUUCAUAUAUUCUUGUGAGACUUCAUGUAAAAAAGAACGAUCAUUUACGUGGUGCUCGUAUGUUAAUAAGAGUAGCCAAUAACAUAUCGAAAUUUCCAUCACAUAUUGUUCCGAUUUUGACCUCCACUGUAAUAGAAUGUCAAAGAGCUGGAUUAAAAUAUGCUGCUUUUAAUUAUGCUGCUAUGUUGAUGCGUCCAGAAUACAGAAGUCAAAUUGAUGCUAAGUAUAGUAAAAAAAUUGAGGCAAUUGUAAGAAAGCCACCAAAAUCAAAAGAUAAUGAAAUUGAAGAGGAACCUUUAACUCCAUGUCCAUAUUGCAAGAGCAAACUUACAGAGACAGAGAUUACUUGCGACAAAUGCAAAAAUACAAUACCUUUUUGUAUAGCUACAGGCCGACAUAUCAUUGAAGAUGAUUUCGCGGUAUGUCCACAAUGUGAUUUUCCUUGCAUAAGAAGUGAAUUCUUAAGGAUUAUUGAAUCUGAAAAUACGUGUCCAAUGUGCUCGGAAAAAGUAGAUGUUAACAUGAUUUCAUCUACUCUUAACAUCCGUUCCUAUCUCGAUUUUCAAGAAGGAAAAUUACCAGUGAGAACUUAAACAGUUUUAGUUAUAAUUUAAUAGAAGUUGAAAAAAAUACAAAUAUUAUUAUUCCUAUCAAACGGUGCCGUCCAAUAUGAGUACAACAUAGACAAGUACAAGUAGCUUAUAUAAAUUCAUAGAUUAUUUAUAAAAUUUGUGCACAAAUCAAAUAAUGACCAUGCAUGGAAGUAUCAACAGUAUGUAGAUAUUAUUGCCAAUAAACUAGUCUCCAAGCAA